UACAUUUAUUUCUGUGUGAUUAAUUUUGAGUCCUGAUAAAUUAAUUCAUUAUGAUCAAUGUAUCACGUAUUCUAUAGUAAAACAUAGAUAUUUUUGAAUUUCAAAUAUUUAACAAAGCAUGCAAACAAAUGGCAGCUUUUAUCAUGGCAGCUAGUUCCAGUGACUUAUUUCUUAGUUUUCUGAUAACUUCUCUUUUUUGCUGAAAUGAUGGGGUUUCAGGACGGUGUGCUGAGAGGCGUUUAAAGGGCAUUUUUUAGUCAUGCGCAGCGUACUUCAGGCCCUGACUGUGGAAACGCUGUGCUAUUCUGGACCUCGGUGCUACUGGGCCGAGGCUGUGAGCCCCGCCUGGCCCGUUUUAACCUGGCCCGACAGUGGAAAUGCGGCUACUGAUUAUAGUCAGACUGAUGAUACAUGUGGCAACUUUUUGAGCAAUGUUGCCAGGCAACUUCGGGCAAAUGAGGCCAUCAACAGGCACCCAGGUGAGACACAGGGCCUACAACCUAUCUAAUCUAAAUUGCUCAAAAAAAAGUUGCCCCAUGUAUCAUAAGCCUUAGAUUUGUUCAUAUUUAAAAACAUUUAGAUGUAUGUUGUGCAUCAGGUGAUAGUCUGUCAAAUAAAAGGCAUUGUUAUCUGUCAGUCAUUUCCACGCUGUUAGAAAAAAAAAAAAAAAAAAAUUUAAUAAAAUUUUAGAUGAGUUAAACAUCUGUCCACUGCAGAGGUAGAUAUUCCAGAACUAAUUUAUCUCCCAUUUGUUUAUUUUUAAAGUGCAACCUUUGGUUUUGUUUUUAAACAAAACAGCACAGUGGUCCUGUCACAAUUGCUGUAUAGUUUACAUCAGUUUAAGCUCAGUAAAACGGCACAUAAUGGUCACAAAAUCGCCUAUCAUGUUCAUCCUUCUGAAUGAUAAAACGGCAAAAGGAAAACGAGUUAGUGACAGAAGUGAAAAUAGUUUUUAUUUAAUUUUAUUCUAUAGCUUCAGGAGAAAGUAGAAGUUAAUGAUAAAUGAAUGAUGAGCCAAUUUUUUAUUUUUUUUACAAAACGUGAACAGGUCGCUAGUGUAAUACAAAGAAAAAGAGUCCCAAAACUGUAAAUGACAAACCCUUUUAUCAGAAUAAAAGGGACAAAGUUUUUGUAUGCUGUAAACUCUGUUUAAGAAAAAUAAGGACAUUGUGUAAUUUCCUUCCUCCUGCAACUUCCUUAUAGCAUUAAGUAACACAAACAGGAGCCCUCCCACGCAAUGUUAUGGGGAGAUAUGUUUCAGCCCCUGCACCUGAGCAAUGACAGGCCAUCCUGCUCUGAUUUUGGGGGAAAGUAGCAAUCAUUUCAGAAAUUAGGGGGACAGAAAUGUAAAAUGUAAUAAUAAUAAUAGGCCUAAUAGUAUCCAUUUAUAUAUGUCUAACGGACCAAAAAAAAAUAAAAAUACUUAUUUAAAAUGGCAAAAAAUAAAAUACACUGCUGGACAACAGCCUUUCAUUUGUCUUCAAUAAUAUGUUUUUUAUAUAUUAAACUAAUGACAAUUUUAUGAUUAUGAUUGUAUAAUCAAACACUUUUUCAAUUUUUAUCAGAGUAAAGCAGAAAAUAUAUUUUAUAGCUUCUGUACUGUAAUUAAUGCUGUGUUAAUUACCACUGUAUCAUUCAUAUAAAUGACUUGAAAACACACACAUAAACCAUAUAGCAGCCUGUAGCCGUAGACUGGUUGUUCACUGAAGCUAAGCAGGGUUGAGCCUGGUCAGUACCUUGAUGGGAGACCUCCUGGGAAUACUAGGUUGCUCCUGAAAGAGGUGUUAGUGAGGCCAGCAUGGGAUGCUCACCCUGUGGUCUGUGUGGGUCUUAAUGCCCCAUUGUAAUGAUGGGGACACUAUAAUGACAAAAAGCACUGUCUUUCGGAUGAGACAUUAAACUGAGAUCCUGACUCUCUGUGGUCAUUAAAAAAUUCCCUGGCAUCCUGGCCAAAUUCGCCCACUGGCCUCUUACCAUCAUGGCUUCUAACCAUCCCCAUAUCUGUUGAUUGGCUUCAUCACUCUGUCUCCUCUCCAUCAAUAAGCUGGUGUGUGUCUACGGUCUUCAAAUUUCAUCAGUUAAGGUUUAUGCUUAGCAACAGUGGGAUGUUUUGUCCAUAUUAGGGAUUUCCUGGCAUUAAAAUGUAUUUCUAUCAUACGAGUACGUUUUGGACUUUCUGCAAAAGAUUGGCAUCUGGCUUCAAGUAUGAAUGAAAUAUACAGCACAUGAGAGCGCUCCAUGAUGUUCACGUUUAGGAUAAAAAUAAAACCUAUGCAAAACGACGUGACUAGUAUAUUGAUGAAAGAGCCAUGGGGUUGCCGACUCCUGUGAGAGCUUGAAAGCAUUAUUUUUUUCAUAGUUUGGCUGGUCCUGCGACUUAUAGUCAGGUGCGACUUAUCAAAAUUAAUUUGACAUGAACCGAGAGAAAUGAACCAAGAGAAAACAUUACCGUCUACAGCCGCGAGAGGGCGCUCUAUGCUGCUCAGUGCUCCUGUAGCCUACACUGAAAACACAGAGCGCCCUCUCGGGGCUGUAGACGGUAAUGUUUUACCUUGGUUCUUGGUUCUAAAUAAGUGCGACUUACAGUCCAGUGCGACUUAUAUGUUUUUUUCCUCGUCAUUACGUAUUUUUGGACUGAUGUGACUUAUAUUUAGGUACGACUUCUAGUCCGAAAAAUAUGGUAUAUUUGACUCGCAGCUCUUCUGGAUUACCUUGCCAUGAAAAAGCAAAACGUUUUUUUAGUAACUUCUCUUUUUGGACCAAAGAGGACAUUGUAAGUUUUGGAAAUGUGUCUCCCAACCCUGUUCCUGGAGAUGUGUUUGAUAAUGUGCACCUCCAAGAACAGGGUUGAGUAAUGUGUUGAAGUACACCAUACACAAGCUUUUAAACUUAAAAUAGUAAACAGUGAAUAACAUUGAAUUUAUUAUGACUACUUAUACUUAAUAAUACAAAUGUAUAACAUUUAGUACACUGGUUUGUCAAAAGUGGAAUAAAGAAUUAAAUAAAAAAUGUUGAGGUACAUAUCCAGUGAAUACUGUCACGCACUCUAGACUGAAAAGGAGCCUUGAUCGUCAUCAUAAAGCAAUGUUCUCUCAGGUGUUAAUGAAUGUGACGACAAGAACUUGAUAUCCAAGCAGGAGACACCCAAGGGGUUAAAAGACAAAACAUCCUCUGAGCGGAAUUAUUUCCUCCCUCAACACCUGCCUUCCCCUUCCUCCAUGUCAGCUUUUCAGGCCAAUAUACUGUGAUCAUAGGAAAUGAGGAAAUGCUAUGACAAACUGGCCUAAUAGUAUUCUAUUUUUAAAUUCCAAUACUAAUGCAGAAUCAGACUUCAAUUUUAAUGGAAUAUAGACUGACUGUAAUUUGGAAAACAUAACGCAUCUUUUAAUUAACCAUAAGUCAUUAGUUUAACAGCUUUUACAACAGCCACAACAGUCUCAGUUUGCUACGUCACAAACCAACAACCAAAUCACGUCAAGGGAUUCAUUCCCAUCACUAGCAUGCAAAGUAUACCAAUACCAACACAAAACCAAAAAUAGAGCAAAAAACUCAUGAAGCCAUGGUUUAAUGUGAGUUUAGAACUGUUAACUUGCAUUAUAGCCCAUGGCAACAGUGUAAAAGUAGCCCGGAGUCAGACCCACCUCUCCCACAUUGCUGUCUGCGAAUUAAGAAUCACAAAUGGUUGUAUUUAAGGCUUCAAGGCAUUUCAGGACAUAACAUUAUCAAGUAACUUUAACGUAUGUUACAGUAUUCACUGUAGUUGUCUGCAAGUAAAAACAGUUUUAUCAGUCAUUAUCUUUGUAUGCCAUUGUUUUGCAUUUACUACAGUUCAGUUGAUCAGGAGGCGCUGGCUGGUGUCACUGAGUAGGGCUGGGACUAAUUUGCAUUUUCAUAGAUCAGUGUAUAGGCUAGUAAAUGAGGGUGUUGUGUUACACUCAAGCUAUUUUAAUGAGCUAUUUCAUGAGAAAAUUAACACAAGAAAAAAAAACAUUUAAAUAUGUCAUUCUAAUUAUCAAAGAUAAGUUUUAAGAGAUAAAAUAUUUGAAUACGGGGGACUUUAAUUACAAAUCAUAUUAACAAAAUCUGAGUACCAAGUUAACCUGAAAAAGUUACAAUUUGUAAAUUUCUACAGAAUUUCUGAGGAUGUUUUACCCAUCUUUAUUUUAUAUUUUUCAAAAACCUAAAACCUCAUUUCGAGUUUUCAAUGACAAAAUUCUCAGACUUUUGGACCCCGUUGUACUCUAGAUCUAGGGCAGGAAAUUAUGGUCUAGAAAUGAUAGCGUGAGUGACAACUGAAAGACCAACCACUUUAUCUCUCUUUAAACAUGCAGGGGGAACAGAGCUUUGAAGAUGAGAAUGUAGAAGGACAAAAGCACAGCAAAACACACAUCUGGACAUGUGGUCCUAUGGUUUGACUUGGACACUGCUGAAGUUGCGUUACUUGAAUUAUACAGCUGCAUCCUGAGUUGCUUUUUUUCUGUAGCAGCCCUCUAAGAAAAAAACAAAUACAACCAUUGCGUCCCCAUCCUCUCCCAAUAGUAGGACCCACUGUCUUGGCUUUGGCUGGAGCAGAUACAGACAAGGAGGAGCAUCCAGCAGUAAGAGUUUAAUUAGAGAUCUUAUCCAAGCAGCACUUUUCAAACGGAGGUCAUAGGUCAUGGGAGGAGUGUCAGUACUUUCACAGAGGACUCUAUUAAGAAAACAGCCUCUUAGACUGAUGAGAGAUGAGUAAAAGCAGCCAGGGAGCAAAUGACAUUCUAUUUGUGCUUCUGUGACACGGUCUCCUCCUCCUACUCUUGAUGGCAUAUAAGAGAAGCUCACUCACAGUGGGAGCACAAUCCUGGAAAAGGAGAAUCAACUGGAUGUAGACACUGAGAGGCUUUAUUCUUGCAACAUCCAGACCUCUAAUUAAUUACUUGCACAGGUAGUAUUAUUAAAAGUUUCAGAACAAACAUGCUGAAUGCCGGGAUACUAUUACUACUAAGUUAUUGCCUUAGUGUUGGGGAAGCAUUUACAGCCAAUUCAGAUACAACAGGAAAGAAGCAGUACCAGAUACAGAAUGGGCCCUGCACCUACACCUUUCUGCUUCCAGAACCACAGGACUGUGAAGGCCCUUCGAGCACCUACACCAACCAAGUACAACGAGAUGACCUGGUUGACUAUGACAGCUCAAUCCAAAGACUGGAACAACUAGAAACCAUCAUGGAAAACAACACGCAAUGGCUGCAGAAGCUGGAGAACUACAUCCAGGAGAACCUCAAACAAGACAUGGCCCAAAUUCAAAAUGAUGUAGUUCAAAACCACACAGUGACCAUGAUCAAGAUUGGGACCAGUCUCCUGAGUCAGACAGCAGAGCAAACUCGAAAAAUCACUACUGUAGAGGCACAGGUUAUUAACCAAACAACUCGACUUGAACGUCAGCUUCUUGAGAACUCCAUUUCAACCAGCAAAUUGGAAAAAGAAAUUCUACAGCAGAUAAAAGAAAUCAACAAACUGAAUGAAAAAAACAGUGUCCUGGAGAAACGAGUCGAGAAGAUAGAAGGAAAGAGAAAUAGUGAGCUAGAAGACCUCAAAGAGGAGAAGGAACAGCUAAAAAAGUUGGUGGAAAAGCAGACUAACAUAAUGAAAGAGAUGGAGCAACAACUGAUCCAAACCUCUUCCGAUAACUCUGCCAUGAAGCAGCAGCAGCAAGAACUGACAAAUACAGUCAACAACCUAAUCCACACAAUCUCUGUGGGUAGCAAUUCAAUGAUGCAGGACAACCCAGAUCAGUACAAUGACUGUGCUGCUGUCUUCAGUGUAGGGAACAAGGAAAGCGGUGUCUUCACAUUGACUAUGCCUGAUACAAAACAGCAGUUUAAGGCCUACUGUGACAUGCAGACAGAUGGAGGUGGAUGGACAGUAAUACAGAAGCGCUUUAACGGCCUUGUUGAUUUUCAUCAAACGUGGAAAAAUUACACAUUGGGGUUUGGAGAUAUCUUAGGUGAACACUGGUUGGGGAAUGAAAUCAUCUCUAAAUUGACACAAGAAAAACAGUAUGUGCUCAGGAUAGAUCUGAUGGACUGGGAGGGAAAUGCAGCCUUUUCAAAAUACGAGCAGUUCUCACUAGAUGGUGAGAAGCAGAAUUACAGGAUACACCUCAAUGGCUACAGUGGAACAGCAGGGAGAACCAGUAGCAUGGGACAGCCUGGAAGUGAUUUCAGCACAAAAGACAUAGACCAUGACAAAUGUGUUUGCAAAUGCUCACAAAUGCUUUCAGGAGGUUGGUGGUUUGAUGCCUGUGGACCAUCUAAUCUCAAUGGCGUAUAUUACCAGCAAGGGCAGAACACCAAUCGCUUUAAUGGUAUCAAAUGGUACUAUUGGAAAGGUUCGGCAUAUUCACUAAAGGCCACCACUAUGAUGAUAAGACCAUCGAACUUCUGAGCCUCUACUUUUAACGCACAAUAAUUACUGAUGCCACUGCUUUUCUUUUCCUGUAAGGAAAAUUUUGGUGGCUUGACUUUCAUGCACCUCUGAUAAAUGAUUAUUAUUAAGUAGAUCAAGCACUUGAGAAAAAGCAAAGUUAAAUAGCUAAUCACCUGAACAUAAAAACAUGGCUUACAACAUAAUAAAAUGGAGCUUAAUCAAUGGACAUUUUUUGCUGAAAUGGAAGUAUAAAUACUUGCUGUUAAUUGAAGACAAUAAUUGAAGAAUAACAGUUUUAAAAGGGAACACCACUGUAAAUGGAAUUACCUUGAUGCUUCAAAUAAUUUCUAAAAUGUAUAUAGAUAAAUAUAAUUAAUUAUUAUUUUCUUAUUGUGCUUAUUUUAUUUUUUAUUAAUAUAUUGUAAACAAAAUUACAGAAAUGUAUGUAUUUUCAAUGUAACCAUGGUACAAUUUAAAUGCAUCAUGCUGAGGACAUUCUUUACAAUUGUCUUACAAAUUGUUAGUCUACAAAGCUGUUGUUUACACAUGGUUUAGUGCUUUUGAAUUUCUUAACUGUGGGCAUUUGUGGAAAGAUGACCAGACUCCACAGCACUCCUGAAAGGUUGUUCCAAAUUAAAAUUGCCAUAAUUUA